UCGGCCAUCUUCAAUAGCGCACAGUCGAUGACGCGGCGCGGAGCACGAGGCGAGCGCCAAAAAACCGUUCGAUAACCGCUCAAAAUCCUCGGCGGUUUUUCUGUGAUGCAAAGUGACGGGUGUCGUCGCAGCGGCUCCUUCAAAGGUAUCGGAACAUGGUAGAGUUCCCGCUGGGUUACCGCGAGGUCGUGCCGGAUCAAACUCUGCCAGAGAAAUGGAAGGAGAUCACCCUGAACACAGGCGGAAGCCAAAGCACGUUGCAAGACAUAAAAGUACCAGAGAGGGCAGGUGGCUACGCCUAUAAAGAUUCUUCCAAGUAUUUCACUCGCAACCGCUUCAUUUACUGGCGCAUCUCCCACGACGUGCUCGAAUUGGUCGAGCACAGUCUGGACGUUAAUCUCGCCAACUGCCGGGUGAGAUACAAGUUCACGGACACUCCAAUUCUGGAUGGAAUCUCCAUCCACGAGACGAUCAACUCCGUCGUCAUCUUGAUCGUCACAGUCUCCAGCGUUCACAAGCUCUCCUUUUCUCACCCCGAUAAGAUUCACAAUCAGGAAAAUCUAUUAGGCACAUAUACCGACUUGAGUGUACAGUCUAUCUUUAGCGAAGCCACCGCACAACAUGCCAGAGAUCCUCACACAUUUCACAUCAUCUCCAAUGCUGGAGCGACAAAUUCUCCAGUGCCUCACGCAGCAGCGUCGUGGCUCACGUGGCCGCAGGAAGAGGCAUUGUUCGCUCUUGCUUACAGCUCGGCCACAAUAUUACUCUUGAGGCUCGAUACCCUCACGGGCCUCGUGCACGCCAGCGAACUGAAGCAGGACUCGAUAAUGCCCAAGUUUCUGAGCGGUAUAGCCACUGCGUUCAGAGGCCGUAAUACCGAGGCUUACGUGGCCAUGUCUCUCGUUAUACACAGUUACGGUAGCGACACGUAUCUGUUUGCAUUGUGUCGAGAGGGCAAUAUACGAAUAUGGUCUUGUAACAAGACGCAGUGCAUAGCUGUGACGGACGCAGCAACCGAGAAUCGCAUUGUGUCUCUAAGCGCGCAGGGCCAUGUCCUGAGGAAAGCGUUGGGCAACGAUAACGAAUUGUAUCUUGGAACUUUCUUGAAAUUUGGCACGAAAUGCGAAUUCAGCAUUCUGAAGCCCGUGCAGGACAACGGCAUAUUUAAGUUUGUUAGAUUAUGUACGUUAUAUGCGCCGGAUCAACAUCUGGUAGAUUUUGCAUUCACGCCGACCAGAUUGUGGGCGGUGUGGAGGACCGCGGACAUGGAUGCGGUGGCGGUGACGCACGCACAGUUGCCGCUCACCGCACAGCACCGCGUCAUUCCCGAAUGGGAGACUACGAUCUUGGAGCAAGCGCGCGACAGAGAUUACAUUGUGACCGAGCCUGGAACGGAUCCGAGGGAAGCGUACAUCAAUUACAUCUUUCAUCCUGGACAGUUCUCGCUGGCGGACAUCACGAAAGCUCUUAGCAUCUACAGAAGGUCCAACGUGGUGGCGGAAAUGAACUUUUCGCCGGCCGUUUUGAAGGAGAGGGUGUGCAUGGCCGUGGAGGCAGAGAUGCAAGCGGAAGUGAUGGACUACGUGAUUAUGGAUGAGGAUUAUCUCGAGAUCGCCAAUCGAUGCUGGUCGAAAUUCUACUCGUGCGUCGUCCAAUACCACGCCAACGGCACUCGCCCUGUAGGUCUGCUGCUGCUGCCGAACGUUUACGGCGUGGUAUUGUUGAAGAAGUCCUCGUUCUCGCUUCUAAGACCUAUGGAAGCCUUGGAACAUCUGGCGCUUUGCAACGACAAGUCCUGCAUUUCCCGGUUCAAGACAACGCCCGUUCUGUCGCAAGACGAAGACACGUGCCAAGACCUGAUCGCGUUGAUGUCCGCGUUGAUCAUGUUAGGAGAGCAAUUAUCUGAAGAGGUCAAAACGGAAAUCGAGAGAGAAUUGUAUCAUCUGAGAAGUCCCGAUAUCAUAAUCGACGAUUUGCUGUCGAAACUAACGCUGGAACCCGACGAUCCGCUGUCUGAUUUUGACUUCCAAUCGGAACUCUGUCACAAACUGAGCAACGUUAAAGACCUGUCGAGCGCCAUGGCCAUGUUGUUGGAAGCUCUAACGUAUGAUCUCGGGCAGCCAAAUAAGCUGCAAUUCGAGGACGAUCACACCUCGAAAGUCUUGUUGAACGUCAGUCAUCUAUUCGGCAGUCAACUAGGAAUUUCUGCGGUAGCGGAAACCAUAACGCAAAUAGCGCUCUUGAGAUUCUCCAUCUGCAGGGAUUUAUUGAUGCUGCAACAACUCAUACUGCUACGUCCUGAAAUAUUCAAUUCGAGAUCUUUGCACACCAUAAGAUCAUCGUUGACGCCGAGAACCGUUGUACUUACUCAAGCUUACUAUGCCGUCACGUGGAUAUGCGAGUCGACGGCGACGUAUACGCCCUCGCAAUCAUUACUAGAAUCCAGCUCACAGCGUCUUUCAUCUCUCAAGCUCAGUGACUCGCGAAUUAACGUUGGACAAAGGCAGCAUCGAUCUCUCUCGCUGUUGGAACUGUUUAUCCACAGCAGCGGCGCGAAACACGCUCAUAUUCUGAUGGCCCAAGCGAAUAUGGACCCAACCACUCUGAUACCGUGGCAUUACAGUAUGCUGACGCAUGUGACGCUCAUCGCGCAACUUGUAUGGCCGAUAUCCGGAAAUUUUAUCUUUCCCGAAUGGCUACUCUCCAGUUGCCAGUUCCUGCUUGUUCAAGAGUACGUGAGGCUCCUGAGCACGUGGUGCGAGUGGAAUAGCGCCUCGAGGAAAUUCAUAUUAGCCGUCGCCUUACUAGAAAUGGGAGAGAUGCAGAAGGCGUGCGAUCAUUUUCUUCGUGCUUCCAACGGAAUAUUGACCGACAUGUUUUUAGUGGAUGCCUUACUCAAUUCUAACGUGACAACGAAAAAUAAGGAUCUAGUUCAUUAUUACCUGAAAGUUAUCAAAUUGUUCGAGGAACACAAUGCGUCCGACUGUAUCAUAGAGAUCGUCGAAACGGCCAUAGCAACGGCCGACAAAGAUGAUCCGAAUUUACCGACGCUUUAUUCCAUAACAUUCACGCAACAUUUAAGCCUGGGUCACCACACGGAAGCUUACCAAUGCCUGAACGCGAAUCCAGACCCCGUGCGCAAAGUGGACUGCUUACGGCAACUGGUUGUCACGUUAUUCGAGAAGAAAUUACUGAUAAAUUUAAUUUCUUUCCCCUAUGUCAAUAUGUAUGAGGAUCUCGAGAAAAUAGUAGAAGGUAGAGCCAGAAGCGUUGAUCUUAUGGAAAACAAUUAUUAUAAUUUUCUGUACAGUUUCCAUGUCAAUAAGCAGAAUAUGCGGAAAGCCGCAUCUGUAAUGUACGAGCAAGCUAUGCGUUUAAGUCAAGAACCUCACUCCGCUCCGAUCAUAGCGAAGCAGGCGCAAUGUCUACUGGCGUGUAUCAAUGCUUUGCAUCACGUGAACGAGAGGUACAGAUGGAUCGUGAGGCCUGUAAUUGAUCAGAGCAUCUGUAGCCCAGAGAUAAACUCGUCGAAUCCACAGAAGAAGAGAAGCAUCGACGGGAAAGAAGUAUUGCACUACAAGAUAAAGAAACAAAUCGAAGUACUCGAGUUAGAUGAUAUCAAGAAGGAAUAUUAUAUAGUUGAUGCAAGAUUAAAAAUAUCAAAAGUAAAUUCGGAAAUGCACAUAGUCACGCAUACUGAACUGUCCGAGCUCAUCGUCACCUUGUGUAGCACUGGUCUGUACGCAACGGCGCUACAUUUGUGCGAUGAGUUUAAAAUUAGCAAAGCCUCUGUACUCAAAAGCCUGACCUCUCAAUGCAUCAAAUUGAGUCAACGCGAAGAUCCAAAUGCCUGGGAUUGGCUGAUACAAAAUGAUAUAUUUGAUAUUGGAAUAUCUAAUACAACUAUUGCGAACACCGCUUGGAGACUGUUGGAGUAUUUGACGUUGAAGCACGAAGAGAGUGACAACUGCGAACUACACAAGGCCGUUGCGCAGAAAUUACUGCAGGACGGAGUCUUUCUGCCACAGUGGCUAUUGAUAUCGUACAAGAAACGCAACGCCUCGGAGCUUCUACGUCUCAUGCUGAAUACUGGUCGACUAGUGGAAGCGAGCGACUUGGCGGUAGAUUAUAUUAACGCAGUAUUAGGUAGCGGUAAAGAACAUUUUGGUCUGAAAACACCAUUGGUGGCUCCCGCGCCGUCUAAUUGGUUACCACUUAAUACCAUAGAAGUACUGUUAAGUGAAUUACAACACUUGAAGAAAGACUCGGCCCAUAUAGAGAGCUACGAGAUGUUAAAUGCAACGCUGGAGAAAUAUCUGGAAACGGUAGAACGUGUUUCGGAAGAUAUGAUUAAACUGAGAAUGAUGAAUGAACAAUUCUAGUAAAUCGAGCAAACGUUUUGUAUCUACGGUUCGCGUAUCAUCUCUCAACUGGUCUUCUGCGAUGUACAUACUUCUGUCAAUUU